CUCGGCAUGGUUGUGGAGGGCUACAUGGAACAACAUACCAGGGACGCCAUCUGCUCCUGAGGACAUGACUGAGCCUGCAUGGACCCAGCUUCUGUUUGGUGGUGCCAUUUGCUAUAAUUGCGGUGGCAAGACGAACAAUAGAAUCGACUUCAUGCUGCGCUGCCGAACAUGCAAUGCUUGUUUGAAGAGCAUACUUGGAGAUAGCGUUUACUUGAACUCGUUAAUACUUUCCAUACCCCACGAUUACCAUUGGUGUCUGCCAGCGGCGCAAGUAAAUCCAAGAGGAAGGGAGGGCACCCUUGAACACGAUCAUUGGCGUGUGCAAGACGCCUUCGAUCUUGAGGAUGAGGUAGCCAGGCGUUCUGCGAGCAUUUCUACUGAGGAAGAGCUAUCCGUUAUCUUGGACACGGUUUUUGAGGAGAGAGCUAAGAAGUUGUACAAGUUGCGAGAGCACGCAUACGCAUGCUUGGCCUGGCAUGAAAAUCAAGAACUCGAACGAGCAAACGAGCGAGAACAGAGAAAGGAAGAUCGUCGGGACAAUAUAUAUAAUCGGUUUCUGGCCAUGGGAUACGAGGAGGACGACAUUUGUUCGAUAUCGCUCCAUCGCGAAGUCUGGUGCGACAAGCCCAUGUCUGAUCGAGUCUGGACGCGAAUCCUCCCCAUUCUUGAGCCGCUCGUACAAGACGCCCUAAACGACCGGCUUCGGGACGAGAGUAUCCAGCGCGAGAUCGAUCGCUGGAGCAUCGUUGGUAACCACUACAGGGCCAUCUGGUCCACGCGUCCUCCAAGCACACUGGUGUUCUACCCGAAAGACACUGAGCUCUAUGAGUUCGACAUCAUCGCCCCGCUCUUGUCUCGCGACGAAGAUUAUCUGCCUAACGAGGGUUUCGAUUCUCUGAUAGCCGAAAUUUUCGCCGACGGGACGUUCAUUGCACAUAUCGAAAACUGGGCAGCAACGCGCAAGAUCACAAUCUUGUCGACCCUUCCUGUCACCCUAGCGCCCUGCCCUGUGUUCACUUUUCCACCGGAGUUGGAGCUCGCAAAGAAUGUUUUCGUCGGUCAGCUCGGGGAACACACCUACCAAUCCCUGUACGGUCCCGAGAUCUUCGCGUUCCGUGGAGAUAUGCUACCGAGGUUCGAUGAGGGUGCACAGAAGAUCGUUUUGGCGAUGAUAGGAAUGCUUGGGGAGGACCCAGCGACGAUAACGACAAAUGGGAUGAGCACGAUAAAAGCGUUGUUCGUUUGUUUGGAUUGUAAGGAUAGAGGUCACGUAGACGCCAGAAAUUGGAGGGCCCAUAUUGAUCACGUCCUGACAAAGAACCAUCGGUGUCCUGAUGACCAGGAUCCAAACUGGUUGGCCUUGACGGACGAUAAUCCAGAAUGCGACGAUAUACUCUCCACCCUGCACUCUUAUCCCCCCUACUCUUCGCCUCGAUGGUGGGGAUGCAAGCAUUGCACCUUCCACCUCACGAAACCUCCUGCAUACUUCUACGACGACCCUCCGUGUCGCACGCUAUUUGACCGUGGGGAUUGGAUGAACGAGGAAGAGGCGAGACAGCACGUUAGGAUUGAGCAUGGCAUCAGUAGUCCUGUCGUCGACCACGUAUACUUCCAUCCGUGUCAUCGGUAUGACAGUUCGAGCGUACACCGGGUCAACAUAUGCUGGUAAUGAGUGUUUGCUUAUAUGUAUCGGUUCAAGUGGCGAAGUUUGUCUUGAUACCCUGAUACCUUACUACGAAUAUUUCAUUAAUAAAUG